CAUCGCCUCGGCCUGCCAACCCCCACCAGGAAGAGUUCUCUCCUUCAGCUGUGCCCAGACUAAUGUCAUUGAGCCCUGCCUGGAUCACGUGACCGUCCUCUGAGGCAGACUGUGGCCCGGAGUGGGAAGGUCUGAUUGGCCAGCUUUGGUCACGUGCUCCUGGAGGGGCGGGGCCAGCCCCUCCUGACUGGCAGAUGCUGAGAUGGAAGAGGAGAACCGUUUGCCGUCAAGACGGGGGCGGCCGGCAGGAAGGACAGGCCCUGAGCCCUCCAGGGCAGCAGCUGCCCCCACAGAAGUGACCUGUGGGCCUGCAGAACUCGGUCUCUGUCACCCCGAGGCAGAGGCCCCUGGCCGCGCUCCAGAGCCCAGGCCCUGCACGUGGUUGGUGUGCAGCAAGUGCCCGGGACCCGGGUCGCUGCUCAUCUGUCCCCGCGGGACCGCGAGACACUCGCGGGCAGAGAACGUCUGUCCAGCUGGCUGCAGGGUCCCGGCAUCCGGUGCACAGCGGCCCCCAUGCUGCUCACAGCGGCUGGACGAGUGGGGCCUGCUGGGGCCGGCGGCCAGGUGGGCACUUCCGGGUCAGGGAGGGGCCGUUAGGGGAGCGGCUGGGGGGCGAGCGGCGGACGGAGGGACGGGACAACUUCCCGGAGGGGCCUCGAGCGGGAGCCGCAGUCCUCAGGGUCCUGGGCAGGGAGGCCAGCCCAGCGCGAGGGCCGGGCCGCAGGGCGGGAGGAAGCGGGUCAGCCGGGCCGGCCGCCCAGCAGUGCCAGGGGCACUGUGCCCUCACCCCGCGCCCGUCCACAGUGGAGCUGCGUUGUCCGUGGGCCGCUGGGCUGGGCCGCCCCUCCAGGGGACGAGGGGCACCCUCUGUUUUCCAUCUGCCCGCGCGGCGUGCGUUCCUGGGCCUGAGAGCUGCCGGCCCCCAGGAGGAGCCACAGCAGGCAGCCCGGCACGGGGGCCUCUGGCCCGUCCACGCCUCACCCUGGGGAGCCGCGACUCUAGUCCGGUUUGUUUCUCUGCCGAGGAGGGAAUCACAUCUGGGCUCCUCCUCUUCCCAGCUGUGUGACCUUGGGCCGAUCACACGACCUCUCUGUGCUUCGGCUUCCCCACCUGUAAAACAGAGGAGGCAACUCUGGGAGAGGCGGAGGGCCUCCCGAGCGGUGCCUGUCCAGGCGCCGUGCUGGGCGGCUGGCCGUGUCCUUCCGCUGCUCCUUUAGGCGGCUGGAGCCUCCCGGGUUCCGGUCCUCCCUGGUGUCUCUGCCCAGACGGUCUGAAGGCGAGAGGGCCGUGCUCUGCUCUGCCCGGAGGGUCCUGGGAGGGCGGCUGCCAGCCCCCCUGUGUCAGAAGACAAAGGGGCCCUGGUGACGUGUCCCUGAGCCCCGCCCUGUAGAGGCCGGGGGAUGCUGCAGGCUGGAGGGCUUCCUGGAGGCGGUGAGCCAGUCGGAGCUGUGCAUCCUGGACAGUGUCUUCACCCCUCUGGGCCUGGGCCUCGCCUUACGGGGACUUCUUCAUGGAAACGUGCCGCUCCGCCGGCCAGGAGCACAGGACGGGGCGACCAGGACAAGAUUCUCCGCCUGGCUUCGGUCGGACCCCACGGAGGCCGGGCCAGCCGACGGCGCUCCAGCCCAGGAAGGUCAUGACCACAGACCGGACCCUCAGGCCGGCCGCUCGGUGUCCUGGCCUCGGUUUCCCCACGUCAGUGCACUGCCGAGGCAGGAGAGGGCCAGCUGCCCGCCGGCUCCGGGACACUCAGCAGAGCCCAGCAGAGGCCCGGCGCCCGUGGGAGCCGGCAGGGCCGCUUCCUCUCCCAGGAGGCUCGGACGUGGUGACGGCCAGCACGGUCCCGACGAGCUCCGGGCCCGAGCUGGACGUCACCGGGAGCAGCGCCGCGUCGGUCUGCUUCUCCGCAUCUGCCCACGCGUCCUGCCGAGCCCUUUCACAAGACGGGGGCACUCGCGAGCUGCCCAGGGCAGGGGCAGGGACACGCCGCCCGGGCCCCUGCCCUCCCUGGAAGGAGGCCCGGGCACCUCCCGCGGGCAGAGCAGGAGCCAGGCUCGGGCUGUGGCCCUGGGGCUCCGCCACUGGCCUCCCAGCCCUCCUGUGUCUUAUUUUUUAUUUUUUUAGACAGAGGCUGGCUUUGAACUCACGAGCCUCCCGCCUCAGCCUCCGCCUCAGUCUCCUGAGUAGCUGGGAUCACAGGCGUGGCCACCGCGCCCAGCGACAACCCUCCGCGUCCCUGGUUGCUCUCUUGCGCUCUGGGCGUGGGCUCGGGUCCGCCUGCCUGCGUGACCAGCUCGGGCUCCUCGCGCGGAGCGCGCUCAGGAGAACAGGGGCAGGUGAGCCCGGGAGGCCGAGAACCUGCACAUCUAACACCGUUUCCAACGGGAGACGCGGCCGGGGCCACGCUCAGGGGACACGGUCCUGGAGACACGUACUGGGGGUUCCCACGCUGGACGACCCGGCAUCUCCCCGGAGCUCCUUGGGCCGGCAGCUUUGCCUCUGGGGACACGUCUGGUCCCGACCACGGGGAGGUGCUGCUGGCAUCCAGUGGGUGGCCCCAGGGGGCAGCUGCCAGGCCCAUGCACAGGGCAGUGCCCACACGCACCGGCCACGGGCCUGAGGUCACGGGUCCCAGGAGGGUCCAGCUUGCUCCGUGAGGACCACCUGGCAGCCACGUGCCGGGGCCUCCCAGUGCCUGGCCCGCCAGGGGUGGCCACAGCCCUCCACCUGCCCGGCCCACAGACAUGAGCAGGGCCAGCGGGGCUUCUGGGGCCCUGGGACGAGUGCCCGGCCAUGGACAGUGGGGUGGAGCCCGGCCCAGACGCGGGCCCUGGGUCCUUGGGCCCCUCCUGCCCCUGCCCUGGUGGCCCUGCCCGGGGCUCUGGGUCACGGAUGCUCCGUCCACCCCGUCUGAGUGAGAGGCAGGGGCCGAGCCCCCGCUGACCCACAACGACACCACGCGCGAGCGCUCGGCCGCAGUUCUAGGCCUGGAGACGGUAGCUGCUCGUCGCGGCUCGGCCGAGCCCAGCAGGCUGCACUGCACCUCACGUCCAGGGCCUGCCCGAGGGGACAGAGCUGCCCUCCCCAGGGGACAGAGCUGCCCGCCCGAGGGGACAGUGCUGCCCUCCCCAGGGGACAGAGCUGCCCUCCCCAGGGGACAGGGGCCCCCUCCCCCGGCCUCUCCUCCAACCAGCCCGCCAGCCCCUGGCCGCUCACCCUUCAAUUAAAAUCAAUUUGGAGGCCUCUGGGUUCCUCAGUGGAUGGCCCUGGCCACGCGCGGUCAAGGCCACGCCAGCUCAGGCUGCCCGCUGACAGAGCCCAGCAGGACACACGGCCCUGUGACUUCCUGCUCCGGCCCAGCGUCUGCGGCAGUGGCGUGAGGCCCCUGUGUGGGGCACGGGGUCUUCCUGAGCUGCCGGGGCUCACGCAGGGCACACGGCAGGGAGGCCGCGGGCUGGGGAGGGAGACCGGGGAGGCCGGGGGGAGGUUGGGGAGGCUGGGAAGGCCAGGGCUGGGGAGGCCGGGAGGCUGGCUGCGCAGAGGCUCCGAGGGCUGCCGGGACCCCGGGGCCUGGGCGCCUCGGUCCUCCUGUGGCCAGCGCCGGCUCCCCCUUCACCAGCACCCCUUCCUUUGGAAACCGUCCCUCUGCGGCCCGGUCCUCAUGGCUGGGAGCCACCUCAGCAGGUCUCCUCCCGCCGGGGCCUCGGUUCCUCACGCACAGGAGUUACCAGCACCAAGUCACCCAGACCUUCUGCCGGUGCCGCCACCGCUGUGCUGCACAAAGGCUCAAAGCAACGAGCCUGGUCCUGACUUCCGCACCCGCCACUCAGCUGGGCCACCCCGUCCAGGGACCACCCGCCUGGGCCUCAGCAGGGCUGCCCCAGGGAGGAACCCACCAGGUGGACCUGCCCCACGGACCUGCUCUCGGCCUGUGCUGGCCGCGCAGCAAGAAGCCUCCUCCCGGGCGCCCUUGCCUGGGCCUGCUCUGCACGCCCGCCUGCCCGUCCCCCACCUGCCCCGUCCCCCGCCUGCCCGUCCCCCCCUGCCCGUCCCCAUGAGCAGACACUCGCACCCGCGUGGCUCCGAGGAGGAAACCGAGGCUCGGGGCCGCGAGCCAGGAGGAAGCGUCACUGGAAGUCAGGGUGCUGGCCCGACCCGGGUCCCGGUGCUGGGCUCCCGGAACGGCCCUCCUUCCAGCGGGGGCUGCAUUAGUGCCCAGGAGCUGUCGCUGGGCCGGCCAUGCCCGCCGUGACGGCCCCACUGCCGGCCCCCGAGACGGGAAGCAGCUUCUGGAGGACACUCACACCGGGGUCCCCCCAGCCCGGCUCCCAGCUGCCCAAGCAGGAGUGGCCGGGGCCUGGACGGCGCGUGGAACACACCGGUCAGAGGCAGGGCCUGUCCCCGCUGGACGGGGUGGCCUUGAGGACGGCAGGCAGAGGGAGGCCAGCCGGGCACAGUGGGACCGUGGCAGGGCCCGCGGACACGGGCUGGAGCGGAGGCCCCUGGCGGGAAGAGAGGGCGCCCGCGGGGCAGAGCGGCGACCCCACCAGGGUGAGCUGGGCACGGUGAGAGACCCAGCCCCGUCGUCCUCGCCGCCUGGGGACCUGCUGUCCCCACGCUGCUCCCCGUGACUCCCACGGAGCCGCCGAGGCGAGGGCGGCUCACACUCCCCAGGGACCUGGGGACGCAGGGACACAGGGACAGUCUGUCCCUGCCCACGUCCCCAAAGCCCGUAUGUCGAAUGAAGGCUUUGCCUCCGGGGCAGCCGUGUCCAGCGGUGGGGUGGCCAGCGGAGGGACUGAGGCUCUGACGUGGUGGACUGGCCCCGGGACCUGGGAGGUGGCGGGAACUCAGCAGGCGGACCUGGUGGGGGACGCGGUGGCGGGAUGUGUCCCUGGGCCACCCUGUCCCUCCUCGCCCUCCGCCACCAUGCUCUGCCCCUCGGGCGCCCAGGGCAGCGAGCGGCCACCGUGGGCGGGGACCUCUGCCCCUGGGCUGGCUCUGGGGAGAUCCUUGCCCGCCUCUCCUGGCCUGGAGGCCACGGGCCUCCAGCACCACAGUCCCGCCUGCCUCCCUCGCGGCUCCUGACACUGACCUCCGCCUCCCUCUCGCCAGGACCACCAGGUGACCCAGGGUCCCCUCCCGCCUCAGGACCCUGACCGAGCACAUCAGCAGAGUCCCUGGCCCUGCAGGGCAGCGCGUCCACAGGUCCAGGAAUCAGGACGGGCAUCCUGGGGGCCGAGGUGCGGCCGGCACCACCCUCUCGGUGGUCACCGUCUCUGGCCCCUCUCGGCUGCUCCAUGUGGCUGCUCGCGACCAAAGGUGGACGAGAGGCGCCGUCUCAAGGGCAGCCCCCGCUGUCGGCCCUGGGCAUGUCCUGUGUCCCAGGAGGCCAGGCCUCCAGGCCUCACGGGUGUGACCAGCAACUAGAUGCCCCGGCCGGUGGGGAGAAAGCUCACAGGCCAAAAGGAGCUGGGUCCACCACACACCAGGGGCCAGGACGCGCCCAGAAGGAGCCGGUCAGGGUCUCCGGGGGCACAGACCACUGAUCACAUUCACAGCGUCUUAGGCGUUGGAUCCGCUAUGCCUUGUCAGCUGGGGGACAGACUCGUUCAGUGGACGGGGCUGGUGGAGGACAGUCACCAGGAUGCCCCCAGAGAGGCAGCAUGGCCCCGUGUGCCUGUGGAUCCAUAGCCAGAGCAAGGGCGUGGACGGUCAGCACUGAGUCCUGGCCACCCCCUUCUGCUGGCCACACGGGACAAUUUUAAUUGGAAUUCAGUGCCGAUAAUUAAAACUCAGGAGAUUUCACAUUUGAAAAAAUCCA